GCAUGAUGCAAAUCAAAAAAAUAACAAAAAGUAGAUAAGGCUAUGAAUCUCGACUUUUCUCGCAAGGGACUUUUUAUUUUCGAUGCAUCCGCACUUAACAAUGGGCUAAGGGGCUGCUCCGAAUCUGCUGAUGAGAUCGAAAGCGCUCUGCCAAAGUUCCUUGAUCAUCCACCGUGUGUCAGGGCUAUUAACCUUUCGAACAAUUCGAUUCAUAAGUUUACGGGUGGAGAAACAUUGAGAACAGUCACAGUCCUAGACCUUUCUUUUAAUUCCUUGUCAGUAUUGCAAAGUGCUAGUUUGCCACCUGCGCUCGUGAAGUUGAACCUUUUCCAUAACCAAUUGACAUGCUUAGACGCGUUGAAUCAGUUUCUACCGUUUCUGGAGGAGCUCAACGCUGGGCAUAAUGCCUUAACAUCAGAUGGAAUAAGAAACCUGCCGAGCACGUUAGUGAACCUUAAUUUGAAGUCGAAUAAGUUAGAGGAUUUGACUUCGUUAUCAACGCUCAAUCGACUAGUAAAGCUUGAUGUAUCCAAAAACAGGCUAACGGCGCCUGGUGAGCUGAGAAUGCUGAUCAACCUACGCGAUUUACGGCAUCUGAGCAUUCAGGAUAAUCCACUUACGCAGGGUCAAUUUGAUGUGCAAAGCAUAAUUAAAAUUGUGGCCCCGUGGCUUUCAAGCCUCGACGGCGUCACGCUUUCACAUGUGAAGAACCACAACAUGCACGGAGAUGCAAGUGGGAAAUUAAGAGAAGAGCAUCCUGCCAUGGGAUCGCCGCAGAAACGAUCUUGCAGUGCGUCAAAAAUGCGUGCAGACCCUUCCAUACCUUCCACUCGCUUGACUGCCGGGCGAAAAGUAUACCCGUCGAUUAAAAAACAGUCUACAAAGGAGUUUUUGGCGGAAACAAAAGUUAAAGAACUUGAGAAAAUGCUAGCUGAUGCCCAAAAAGCGGAACAGCAGGCUUUGAGGCAACGUGAACUUCUUCUCUCCCAGGUAAAAGGGUGCGCAAAGGUUAUUCAAGAUCAAUCGGAGCAGCUCAUGACGUUACGAGAAAUGAUCAGUACGCUAAAGAAAGAAGAAGAGACACUCAAAAAGUCUACUUCCGAGGCUGAACGAGCAUUUGAAAAAGCUCACGUAUCUCUUCUAUCAUGCCGAGUUAGCAACUCAACCCACUCAUGAAUGCAUAGAUAUCACUAAAUUAUAGAGCUUCUUUUAUCUUUUCAGAGAGCAGAUGCUAGAGUUGGCAAGCUGUUCAUUAUUUACUUACGUACUUCCUCACCCCCUCUCUAUUAUGUUUACCUAGAGCUAUAUGGGAAUAUAUAAUUGCUAACUUUUCUCUUUACUAUUAUUUGCAAUCAUAAUCGAUGG